AUGAAGCGGGAUUCUCUAGACCAAGAAGGCCAGCUCGACAAAGUACGAAGAACACUGAAAGGUCGAGCCGAAAAGGCCUGUGUCAGAUGUCGAGCAAAGAAAAGGACCUGUGAUGGCGGCAAUCCUUGCCAACGCUGCAAAGACAGUCACAGUGCCUGCUACUUCAGCGACUGGCACUACACCGUACCAUAUCCACGCGAAUACGUGGAAUACCUCGAAGAACAACAGGAACAGCUGUCGUCGGGCCUGUUAACGAUGUACCGCCUGUUGAAAGAGUCGCACAUCAAGACUGUACCGCCAUUGCCCGAAAAGCUCCAGGCACAAGACCUGCUCACCGCGCUGAGAGGUCUGCGGCUCGAGCAUCAGCAUGCUGUGCAUGUCGAACAUCCCAUCAGUAUGAACAGACGAUCCAACGGUCGCAUCAUGGCAGCCGCCGAACAAAUACCACCAGACUAUGAAACCGCAUGUCGAAAUCGGAUGCAGCAUCAUUUCGACCCAGGUCCAAGAUCGCCAACUCAUCCAGGACUGUUCUUCCACGCAGCACCGGGGCAGGAAUCUAUGAAUGGCUCUAGGAUCCUGAUGCAACUACCGAGGAGCUUUGCAUCCAUGCAAUACAGUCCCUACGAAUGUGCACCUCCUGCACCACACAUACUUGUCAGCCAGUCACACACAAUGCCAUCUCACCCUGCGACAUCACAUGCACCAUCGCCUAAUCUUGGCUUACAGUCUGGCCUUAUGGCACCAAUGUCAUGGCCACCUCACAGCAGUCGGAUGAGUCCAGGUGCAUCGUCGCUCGACCUGAGCAGAGCUGCAAGCCACCAGCAAAGUCCGCCACAAAUGUUUACCCCAGACGAUAGUAAUUUUGACCACGACCGAGCAGCACGGCAUUGGAGUUGGAACGGGGUCGAGAACGGGGGAGGUGGUGGUGGUGGGGGUGGGGGUUCAGGAGUUGGUUAUCUCGCUGCAGCUCCGCACGAUGGGAGGAGUAUGGGUUUGGAUUUAGAGUCGAUCGAGCAGCGUGGAGACAUCGUGGCGGCGACAGACUCUGGAGUGCAAAGUUGA